GCCGCCCGGCUCGGCCGCCCCGAGCCACCCGCUGCCAUGCCAGUGACCGUGACCCUGCCCGGCCCGGCCCCCUGGGGCUUCCGCAUCUCCGGGGGACGAGAUUUCGGGAAGCCCAUCACUGUCUCCAAGGUGACGGAGCACGGGAAGGCAGCCAUGGGUGAUCUCCGGGCGGGGGAUGUCAUUGUCACCAUCAACGGGGAGAGCACGGCCGAGAUGCUGCACGUGGAGGCCCAGAACAAGAUCAAGCAGAGCCCUGGGCAGCUCCGGCUGGAGGUGGAGAGGUCCCUGAUGCCACCUCCCAGCCACGCCAACGGGGACACCUCACUGGAGAGGUUGGCCACACGUGUCCAGGACACGCUGAGGACACAGGAUGAGAGCCAGGGUGCCCUGAGAGCCCCCGACCCCAGCCUGGCAUCCCCCAUCCACCUGCCCCACAGUGCCAGCUCCCAGCCCCUGGAGGAGGAGUUCGCCUGUCCAGGCCUCUGUCGGGAGCGAGGAAUCCUGACCCACCAGAACAGCUGCCAGGGGUCCAUCCUGCCUCCACCCCCCUGCCCACCCUCACCGGGGUUUGGAGCCCCCCAAAACCCCUGGGAGAUGCACAGGGAGCGUCGCCCUUCCCUCUCUCCCAACACCUGCAACAGCCAGGGCUCGGAGCCGGCCAUGAGGCGCUUGGAGGAGGACUCGGAGGUCUACAAGAUGCUGCAGGAGAACCGGGAGCUGCGGGCGGCCCCGCGGCAAUCCAGCACCUUCCGCCUGCUCCAGGAGGCGCUGGAGGACGAGGGAGGAGGUGGUCCCACAGCCCCCUUCCCCAGCCGGCUCUCGUCCAGCGCCCGCAAACCCGUGGCCGGGGUCCAGAAGCUGCACGUCUGCGAGAAGUGCGGGAGCAGCAUAGCCACGCAGGCGGUGCGGAUCCAGGACGGGCGGUACCGGCACCCGUCCUGCUACAGCUGCGCCGACUGCGGCCUCAACCUCAAGAUGAGGGGCCACUUCUGGGUGGGCGACGAGCUGUUCUGCGAGAAACACGCCCGCCUGCGCUACCAGGGCCCCCCGGGGGCGCCCGUGUCCCCCCCGCCCGUGUCCCCCCACUCCUGAGCCACAGGAGUGAUGGAGGGGUCACCCUCCGCGUCCCCCCCGUGUCCCGGGGUCAGCCCCCCGCCCCCACAGCCCCACUGGGGUCGGGGGUGUCGUGGGGGGGCUGAGGGCACCACCAGGCUCGGGAUGGCCGGGAUUUUUGGGGAGGGAUGCACUACAGCCUUCGCAGUCUGUGUGAUGAGCUGGGUUAGUUCUCAGCCUGGGCUGCAGCAGUGGGGGACACGGGGGUGACAUUGGGGAGGGGAGACUUUGGGGGGGGUCACAGGGAUGCUUGAGCACUUGGGUGCCAGAGAAGGGCUGGCACCGCUUGUACACUGACUGCAACAAGGUAUUAAACCAGAUUAUAUAUAAAUAUAAUAUAU